UUGCAUUCCGGCCUGCUGUCACUGCUGUGUGACUUUAUCAUAUUUUACUCCGCGUGGGCCAGUUUGAUCAUAUGUAGGUUUUCAGCCUCGGUUCUAAAAUUACGCUAUCCACUCUACCUUAAUAAACAUGGCAAAAUUACCUUUUAAUUUGCUGGAAGAACCUGAAACACGACAGCCUUCGAAAGUACGCAUAGUAUUGUUUAUAUUGGUUAUACUGCUGCUGCUUAUGUCUGUAGCCUUCAUUGUACUGUAUGUCGUAGAGAAGACACAGGAGAAAGCGACCGAUUUAUCAAGUGAGACAACCAUUAAUGGGACAUGCAUAUCUCGUGGUUGUGUCACUAGUGCUGCAGACAUGAUCAGAAAGCUUGACGAAUCCACGAAGCCAUGUGAUGAUUUUUAUCAGUACAGUUGUGGUGGAUUCUUAAAAAGAACUCAUCUACGAGAAAAUCAAGAUCAAAGUGGUGGUGACACUGAAUCGGCCGAAUUCAUUCAGUAUUCUCUGAAGGAUAUUUUCGAGAAUGAUAAAGUAAUGUUAGAUUACUCAAAGGAUAAAAAUUCAGCUGUCUAUAAAGCCUUCGUAUUUUACAAGUCCUGUAUGAAUGAAAGUUACAUUAGCGAUGCUGGAAUGAAGCCAAUUUUUGAUGUGAUAGAAAAGUAUGGCUCGUGGAACAUCACGAACAAAGACUGGAGUGAGGAUUCUUGGAUUCUUGAAAAAACUCUAGCGAGAAUGGCCGUCGAUCUUUCAACAUUCACAUUUCUAAAAUUAGAUGUAGCCCGAAAUAUUUUGAACACCAGUAAACCCUUUGCUAUAAUGGUCAGCAGAGGAAACAGUGGCCGUUCGCUCAAUUUUGAUAAAAAAGAUUUUCCCAACGAUAUUCCUAAAAUCUUCGAGACUGUUCAGGACAAGAGUGACUUCGACAACGACUUCGACGAAAACUACAAGACGUUUAUGUCAACGAUAUUAAAACUGCUUGGAGCUAGCGACAGCAUUGUAGACGAUGAAGUGGAGAGAAUUUACCAGUUGCAGGAAGACUUUGGAAAUGUUGGCACAACUCCUCUUGGCGAGCCAAGUGAAUAUCACGAGAAGGUGAAAUUAAUGACACAUGAGGAAUUAAAUCGUUUCACAUCGUUUAAGUUUAAUUGGACUGUGUAUUUGAAAGAGGUUUUCCGUGGUUCCGGGAGAUCACUUGGGCCCAGUGAAAAAGUGAUGCUGCAAACAAAUAAUGUGAAAAAUGUUAUUGACUUUAUUGCAGACAAGCCUAAAAGUUUACUCGCCAAUACUAUGAUGUGGAAUGUUAUCCGAGGUCUGUUACCAACACUGCCUAUGUCGAUGAGGAAUGCAGGAGAAAAAUACGAAAAGGACGAAUAUAAAAAACAGCCUGAUCCCAGGUGGAAAACGUGUCUCAAAUUAACAAAGGAAUCAUUUCGAUAUCCCGCGACGUUAUUGUACGUGAAUGAGCACGUGCCAGAAGAGACCCUGGCAACGUCAGAUCAGUUAUUCACUGAAAUAAAGAACGAGUUUAUCAAUGGCUUGAAGGAACAGAAAUGGAUGGACGACAAAACCCGCGCUAACGCCCGGCGUAAGCUAAAGAUGAUGCGAGAUAAUAUUGGCUAUCCACGAUUUAUAAAAAUACCAGCGAAGCUAAACAAGGUCUAUGAAAACGUUAAAGUUGAUAAAUCUACGCUAUUACAAAACCGGAUGAGUUCUUUAAAAAAUGUAAUGAUGCAAAAGAUUUAUAUGGCAGGCAAACAUCCCGACAACGAUAAAUUUCUCGUUGAUCUUCCGCCUCUUAUGGUCAAUGCUUUUUACUAUCCCUUCACAAAUGGAAUGACCAUCUUAGCUGGAAUACUACAGCCACCUUUUUACAAAAAAGACACGCUAAAAGCGUUGACUUAUGGCUCCCUUGGUAUGAUAGUUGGUCAUGAGAUAACACAUGGAUUUGAUAAGGAAGGUAGUCAGUACGAUGGAACCGGGAACGUUAAUCAAUGGUGGACUGACAAAUCAAAGGAGAAUUUCGUGAAAAGAUCGAAAUGUUUAAUUGACCAAUACAGUAAAAUUAAAGUGUUUGGUGUACAGGUACAAGGCAAUGUCACCCUGUCAGAAAACAUCGCAGAUAAUGGUGGAUUAAAAUAUGCUUAUAGGGCAUAUCAAAAAUGGCGGAAAAGAAAUGGCAUAGAGGCUAAUUUACCAGGACUUAAAUUUACCAACGACCAACUUUUCUUUAUUAGUUUUGCGCAGGUGUGGUGUGAAAAAUAUAAAAUGGACAGUAUCGAAUUUCUCAUUUCUGGCAGUCAUUCUCCUAAUCCUGUGAGGGUGAGGGUUCCUGUGCACAAUUUCCCUGCGUUCAGCAAAGCAUUUGGAUGCACGCCGCCAAAAGAUACGUGCGCAGUGUGGUAAAGAGUUCUAUUGCGGUAAUUAUGAAUGGUAUUCCUUUAUUAUUGCUCUGCAUAAUAAUAAAACGAGGUUAGAUUAUGAUUAAUUUUUAUUUAUGUUCAAACGCGAGCAAAAUGAGAAAUGAAACGGAAAAAGUUGAAAGUCAAAUGGGAACGUCUUUGAACGUUUGUGGUCAGAGCAGCAUGCACACGAGAAACGUGGGUACACUAGUUCCAGCUCUGUAUCUAUUAUUUUCUCUGUGAUAACAUAUAAUUUGGAUUUAGAGCGGAAUUAAUACCCUGCUCGGCGCUUUGCGCCGCUCGAGGCUCGCACGACAAAAAGCACUGUCGAAUGGCAUUUUUGUUACAAGCAAGCAUGCAAGCACGGCGAUCAACAACAAGGAAAGUGUGUUGCUGCCCUUCGUAAGACACCGCAGAAAUUGAUAUAUUUGUAAAAUUUUAAUUCAAAAAACUCACUGGUUCACAUGUGUGCAUUUCUGUUAUGCUCUCAUUGAAAAUACUACUAAUUAAGUUAAAUCAAGUUUAAAUUCUCUUUCUCGCUUAUCAAAAACUUUUAUCAGCUGUAAAAUGGCCAUUAAAGGUUAUUAUUUAAAAUAACCAUACAAGGUUAUUUUAUUUAUUAUUAUCAUUAUUACAA